GUUGAGGGUGUUGAUUCUGCUAAAGACGAGCUCGUGGAGAUAGUGUCAUGUCUUCAAGGAAGUAUAAACUACAAAAAACUCGGAGCAAGAUUACCUAGAGGUGUGCUUUUGGUCGGUCCACCAGGGACCGGUAAGACCUUGUUGGCUCGGGCUGUUGCUGGAGAGGCAGGAGUUCCAUUUUUCUCUGUUUCUGCUAGUGAGUUCGUUGAAUUGUUUGUUGGAAGAGGCGCAGCACGGAUCAGAGAUCUUUUUAAUGCAGCCAGGAAAAACUCACCUUCCAUAAUAUUUAUUGAUGAGCUUGAUGCGGUUGGAGGAAAACGUGGUAGGAGUUUCAACGAUGAACGUGACCAGACACUAAACCAGUUGCUUACUGAGAUGGAUGGAUUCGAGUCAGACACAAGAGUCAUUGUAAUUGCAGCAACGAACAGACCGGAAGCGUUAGACCCAGCUCUUUGUCGGCCCGGAAGGUUCUCUAGAAAAGUUGUGGUUGCAGAACCAGACCAAGAAGGCCGUAGGAAAAUCUUGGCUGUGCAUCUGAGAGACGUCCCUCUAGAAGAAGAUGCGUUUCUCAUAUGUGAUUUAGUUGCUUCUCUAACUCCCGGAUUCGUAGGUGCUGAUCUGGCCAAUAUUGUCAAUGAAGCUGCAUUGCUUGCUGCUCGUAGAGGCGGGGAAGCGGUGGCACGGGAAGAUAUAAUGGAAGCGAUAGAGAGGGCGAAAUAUGGGAUAAAUGAUAAGGAAGUGAGGUCAAGGACAUUAGGAAAUGAGCUGAGCAAGCUGUUCCCAUGGAUGCCAUCUUUGGCUAGAAGGAACGGACCAGAUCAAGACGGUUUACAAGGACCGU